AUGGACGCAGUGAGGAUGCGACGGCCGGAGCAGAGCAACGGCCCCCUGACCCUGCAGAACCCGGCGAGGCGGGCGCUCAGCGGCCGCGUGCCAUCGCUCGCCACUCCCAAGUCGCCGCCGCCGGCGUACGGGAGCAUCGUCACCGUGCUGAGCAUCGACGGCGGCGGCGUCCGCGGCAUCAUCCCCGGGACUAUCCUAGCUUUCCUCGAAGAAAAGCUCCAGGAGUUUGAUGGACCGGACGCGAGGAUCUCAGACUACUUCGACGUGAUGGCCGGGACGAGCACCGGAGGGUUGGUGACGGCCAUGCUCACCGCGCCCAACGCCGACGGCCGUCCGCUCUUCGCCGCCAAGGACAUCAAUCACUUCUACUUGCAACACUGCCCAAAUAUCUUCCCACCGGUCAGCAAAGGGCCUUUCGGAUUGUUCAAGAGCAUGACCGGACCCAAGUACAACGGUGAGCACCUCCGCUCAGUCAUCAAGGAGAUGCUCGGGGACACGCGAGUCAAUCAGACGCUUUCAAACAUUGUGAUCCCCACCUUCGACAUAAAGCUCCUGCAGCCUACAAUCUUCUCAACUUACGAUGCCAUGAAGGAUGUCUCCAAGAAUGCUCUUCUAUCAGAUGUCUGCAUCGGCACGUCUGCCGCACCGACAUACCUCCCCGGCCACCAUUUUGAAACGAAGCAUGAGGACGGUAAGCCACGAGCCUUCAACCUCAUCGAUGGAGGCGUCGCGUCAAACAAUCCGACGUUGUUGGCAAUGACCGACGUGAGCAAGCAGAUCUUGAUGGGAAACCCUGACUUCUUUCCUAUCAAGCCGGCGGACUACGGCAAGUUCAUGAUCCUUUCAUUGGGCACUGGAGCGGCUAAGAUCGAGGAGAAGUUUGACGUUGCCCAGUGCAGCAAGUGGGGCGUCCUCGGGUGGCUCUACAACAGGGGUGCCACUCCCAUCAUCGACAGCUUCAGCCAGGCUAGCACAGACCUCGUCGACAUCCAUGCCUCUGUGCUUUUCCAGGCGCUUCACUGCAAGAAGCGCUACCUCCGGAUCCAUGACGAUGGGCUAAAUGGUGAAACAGCCUCUGUUGAUGUGUCCACGCCGGAGAACCUCAACAGGCUCAUUGACAUUGGCAAGUCGUUGCUGAAGAGGCAGGUGUGCAAGGUGAACGUCGAAACCGGCAAGAACGAGCCUGACUCGAAGAAUAGGGGCACCAACGAGGAGGAGCUGAUCUAUUUCGCACGCAUGUUAUCGGAGGAGCGCAAAGCCAGGCUUCUCAAGGAGGGCAAUCUAGCUUGAGACUUGAUAUAUGAACAUCCCACCGCCCUAGAGUUGGAGGGUGCCGUGAGUGCUAAUGUUUAUACCUACCC